ACAACGAGGGUGUGACUAAAUUAGCAAGAAAAGAGCUGGAUGUUCACACGCAUUAACACUUAAUAUUUAUUUAAGGUUAUUUUAGCUGACAGUAGUGUUUCACAUGACUUUACUACAGAUCAGCUUCACAUCAGCUCAUCAGUCAUUUCAUUACUGAACCGGUUUUGAGGAGUUUGUGUUUUCAUGUUUGUGGACUGAAUCCGUUGAAGAUGUUUGACAGAUUUUGGUUCUGUUUGUGUUUGUGGCAUCUGGUCGGUGUGUUUGGUGUUGAUGCGGUGAAGUCAGUGUCAGUGAUGGAGGGAGAUUCAGUCACUCUAAACUCUGAUCUUACUGAAAUACAGACAGAUGAUCUGAUAACAUGGAUGUUUGGACGUCCAGAGACUCUUAUAGCUCAAAUCAAUAAAGAGGAGGGAAUCUUCUCUACAUCUGAUGGUCCUGAUGAGAGAUUCAGAGACAAACUGAAGCUGGAUCAUCAGACUGGAUCUCUGACCAUCACAAACACCAGAACCACAGACUCCGGACGUUAUCAAAUAAUAAUCAGCGGCUGGAAAAAGAAAACAUACAGAUUCAGAGUUACUGUCUAUGCUCGUCUGCCUGUUCCUGUCAUCAGCAGUAACUCUUCACAAUGUUCUUCACCAUCAUCAUCAUCAUCAUAUUGUUCAUUGUUGUGUUCAGUGGUGAAUGUGAGUCAUGUGACUCUCUCCUGGUACAAAGGAAACAGUUUAUUGUCCAGCAUCAGUGUGUCUGAUCUCAGCAUCAGUCUCUCUCUACCUCUGGAGGUGGAAUAUCAGGAUAAAAACACCUACAGCUGUGUACUCAACAAUCCCAUCAGCAACCAGACGAGACAUCUGGACAUCAGUCAACUCUGUCACACAUGUUCAGAGACCUCAGCAUCUCAGGUCUGAUCUCAGCAUCAGUCUCUCUCUACCUCUGGAGGUGGAAUAUCAGGAUAAAAACACCUACAGCUGUGUGCUCAACAAUCCCAUCAGCAACCAGACGAGACAUCUGGACAUCAGUCAACUCUGUCAACCAUGUUCAGGUACAGCAGCGCUGAUAUUAGCGUUUAUUGACUGAGCUGAUCUCAGUUUGAUGUUUUUAUUCCUCAGACUCUACUGAACUACUGACUACUGAAGCUGUGAUCCGAUUGGUCCUCUCUGCUCUGGUGGGCGUGGCUACUGUCGCUAUUCUGGUUUAUGACAUCAGAUCCAGAAGAGCUGAACAAGAUCAAACAGAUAUUCACACAUCA